UAAUCACUCUCUCUUACCUCUUAAGCUCUCCUUUAAUACCUCACUCUUCUCCCACCACACACUUCAAGAAAAUACGAAAAGAAAAUGGUGAAGUUUUCUAAGGAGCUUGAAGCUCAACUCAUCCCAGAAUGGAAGGAUGCGUUUGUAAACUAUCGAAUAUUAAAGAAACAAAUCAAGAAGAUGAAAGUUUCUAAAAUUAUAUCCAAACCAUCCCAACACACAGAUGACGACUUUGGCGUCUCCAUUUUCGAUUCUAUUCGUUUUUUCGCCAAGAAAAUCUCUGACAAGUUCCGAAAUUCAGAGAACAAAACCGAUAUAAUUCAGGUUAUGAGCAAAACCAUUGACGAUGGUGAGGAUGAGGUUUAUGUAACUGAUCUUUCUCAGUUAUUUUAUGAAGAAGACGAGGUGAAACAAUUUUUUGAAAAAUUGGACAACGAGCUUAAUAAGGUCAACCAAUUUUACAAGGAACGAGAGGAUGAGCUUCAUAAGAAACGAGAAAAUCUCAGCAAGCAACUGCAGAUUGUACUCGAACUUAAUCAAAUUUUCAACAAGCGUCGCCGGAAAAACUCUAUGCCAAGUUUGAAUGGCGGAAAUUCUCCUCGUUCUUGGUCAUCUCCUGACCGCAAUUCUAGUUUCUCCGAAAGCUCGAUUGAAUUAGCUGAAAGCCCUGAAAUGUCGGAAACAGAGGAAGUACGAGCUGCAUUAGAAAGAAAUGGGGUAUAUUUUAUGGACUCAGGGACAAGGAAGAAGACAAAGAAUGGGAAACCUAAAAUGGCCAUGAAGAUUGACAGUCCGGCCAACGCACCACGUUCCGUUACUUCAAUUCUGUAUGAAGAUAUGAUGAACAAUCUCAAAAAGGAAAGCUCUGGUGAAUUCAUCAACCCAAAGAAGGUCCAAUGCUUUGAGAAGAAGAUUAGAGGAGCAUUUAUGGAGCUCUAUAAAGGGCUUGGUCUACUCAAAACAUACAGCUCACUGAACAUGACGGCAUUUGUCAAAAUAAUGAAGAAAUUCGACAAGGUAUCCAACCAGAAUGCCUCGGAAACUUAUCUAAAAGCAGUGAAGGGAUCUCACUUUAUUAGCUCUGACAAGGUGGUUCGAAUGAUGGAUGAAGUGGAGUCCAUAUUCACAAAGCACUUUGCCCACAAUGACAGAAAAAAGGCAAUGAAGUUCUUAAGGCCCCAGCAAAGAAAAGCUUCUCACAUGGUGACCUUCUUUGUUGGAUUGUUUACGGGUUGUUUUGUGUCACUGUUUACUGUGUAUGCACUCUUGGCACACUUGACGGGUAUAUUCUAUGGCGGUAGAAGAAAAGAUUAUAUGAACACAGUAUACCCAAUUUUCAGCAUGUUUGCGUUGCUGAGCUUGCACUUGUUCAUGCAUGGGUGCAAUUUGUUCAUGUGGAAGAGUAAAAGAAUCAAUUACAAUUUCAUCUUUGAAUCCUCACCAAAGACAGCCCUCACGUACCGAGAUGCAUUCCUCAUGUGCACCACCUUCAUGACAAUUGUGGUUGGAGCAUUGGUCAUCCACCUUUUGUUAGGAGCCAGUGGAUACCCACAAGGCCUAGUGGAUGCCAUUCCUGGACUUCUUCUUCUGUUGGCCUUCACUAUGCUCCUAUGCCCAUUUAACAUCUUUUAUCGACCAACACGCUACCGUUUCAUUCGUAUAAUUCGUAAUAUAGCAUGCUCUCCAUUUUUUAAGGUUGCGCUGGUGGACUUUUUCAUGGCUGACCAACUUACUAGCCAGAUUCCAUUGCUGAGGCACUUGGAAACCAUAGCUUGCAACCUUCUGGCAAGAAGUUUCAGAACACACCAGUAUGAAACCUGCUCUGAUGUAACGCUAUAUCAGGAGCUAUCUUAUGUAAUUUCGUUUUUGCCAUACUAUUGGCGAGCAAUGCAGUGUGCAAGAAGAUGGUUUGAAGAUUCCAAAGGGGAACAUUUGGCUAACAUGGGGAAGUAUGUUUCGGCCAUGGUGGCAGCUGGCGCCAGGUUGACAUAUGAACAGCAUAAACAUGACGCAAAAAACUACCAUGUAUGGUUUGCUAUGGUCUUGGUGACUUCUGGGGUGGCUACAGUAUAUCAGUUGUACUGGGAUUUUUGUAAGGACUGGGGUCUUCUCAGAUCAACCUCCAAUAAUUUAUGGCUUAGAGAUAAUUUAAUUCUGAAGAAUAAAAGCACCUAUUACAUGUCCAUGGCCUUGAAUGUUGUUCUAAGAGUUGCAUGGCUGGAGACCAUAAUGAAAAUCGAUAGAGAUGCUGAGCAAAAGUUACUAGGUUUCCUCCUGGCUUCAUUAGAAGUUAUUCGUCGUGGGCAUUGGAACUUUUACAGGUUGGAGAAUGAGCACCUAAACAAUGUCGGCAACUACAGGGCAGUAAAAGAAGUUCCAUUACCAUUCGGCGAGAUAGAUUCUGAUGGCUGAACCCUUUCUUGGACUCACGUACAGAUGUCCCUUACAAGCUGACCCAGAGAGGCAUGGGAUCGAAAAAGGGUUCCACAUUUCAAAAUAACAAAAUGUGCAGUCACACAAAGCAUUCAUUACAUAUCCAAUUCAAAAUGUGAAUUCUAAGGCUCCGAUUGUAAUGAAGAAAGCUCUUGUAAAAACAGCAAUGUUCCUUGUACAUUUAGUUAUUCUAAGUUGGACAUGAAGUUUGUCUUA